UUAAAUUGUUUUUUUCCUUCAUGGUGCUAGGAUUUGGCGCUGGCCACUACAGUACUAAGGUCAUUCUAUGCUUACAGUCUGGAAGAUGUUUCUAAGGAGAUAGUUCUUUCAAGAAAAAGGUAUGGAUCAGUUAGGGGAGUGUUCAUUGUGUCUGCUCAAGAUAAACUUCUAAAGAAGGGAUUUCAGCGGAGUAUGAUUGAAAAGAAUCCCCCUGAUGAGGUGAAAGAGAUCCAGGGCUCUGACCAUAUGGUCAUGAUGUCUAAACCCCAUGAACUUUUUAAGUUUCUUCUGAGCAUUGCUCACAAGUGACUAGCUUCUUGAUUAUCUUAACACAGCUUGUUAUUACGUAUCCAAGAAUAAAACUUAAUUGAAAUAAAUUAUAAAUUACUCUUCUUCACACACGUGCAAUUGUUGAAUCGUCCUUUUUCCCAUUGUUAAAAUUUCCCACUACUGUUCCCCAAGGGAAUCAUCUGGGCUAGGGGUGUCAAAUGGAUGGGUUAAGUUACAUUUGGGAGUGUCAAAAUGAGUUGGACUGAUAAAUGGAUUGGGUCAUAACCCGUUUAUCAGAAUGCAAGCCUUAUUUUGUCUCAGGACUUAUCACUAGCAAUCAUAUUAUUACAAUCACUGUAUUUAUACAGUGAAGAGACAUUGCAAAGAAACUUUGUCACAGAAGAAUUAUGGAUUGGUUAUCUCAUAAGAUAAGGUAGGCCCAAUAAACAACAAUGUAAUAUUGAUAGAAUCUGCCAAAUCAAGUGGAAGAAAUUGAAGGAUCAGAUUAACAUGGUCAUGGUGUAAAGCCUAUUGAGCUUUUAAUUAUUUAUUCUCUCCUCCUCUAGUUGACUUGGUGAAUAAUAACUUCCAAGAAACACAUUGAAUUUAAAAGUAUAAUUCAUGUAUUACCUAACAUGGGCUUGCUUUAGCAUGAACUAAGUUAGCAAAAGUCAAACUCCUGUAAUUAUAAAACUGCAUUGCAAUGGUUCAUACCUUGUGCUCAUUCUUCCAAAGAAGAAAACAGAUAUGGAGAAAAACAACUUUCUAACAAGUCUUGUUCUAAUACUUCUGUUGUCAGAUGUAAAUGCAUCAAUGUCGAGGCCUAAAUGGCCUAAAACUAGCAAGCACUUUGUGCUAGUUCACGGGGCUUGCCAUGGAGCUUGGUCUUGGUACAAGAUUAUGGGGUUGAUAGAAACUUCAGGGCAUAAUGUAACAGCUCUUGACUUGGGUGCUUCAGGGGUCAACCCGAAACAGGUCCUCGAAGUCCCACAUUUAUCGGAUUACUUUAGUCCACUAAUGGAGUUCAUGGCUUCUCUUCCUGCACAUGAAAAAGUAAUUCUUGUAGGCCAUAGCCUUGGUGGAUUCGCCAUUUCUAAGGCCAUGGAAAGCUUUCCAGAAAAGAUUUCAGUUGCUGUAUUUGUAACUGCUCUAAUGCCUGGUCCAACUCUCAAUGCAACUACCAUCUUUACUGAUAUGCCAUCCAGGGGAGCAAUAUCUGCACCUGAUAAUCGUAUUACAUACGAUAAUGGACCUACAAAUCCUCCAACAACCUUCAGCUUUGGUCUGGAGUACUUGGCUAGUUAUCUUUAUCAGCUGAGCCCAAUUCAGGAUUGGGCACUGGCUACUACAGUAGUAAGGCCAUUAUACUUAUACAGUUUGGAUGACAUGUCAAAGGAGAUAGUUCUUUCAAACAAAAAGUAUGGAUCAGUUAGGCGAGUGUUCAUUGUGGCCGAUGAAGAUAAAACUCUACCUAAGGAAUUUCAACAGUGGAUGAUUGAAAAGAAUCCACCAGAUGAAGUGGAAGAGAUCUCAGGCUCUGAUCACAUGCCCAUGGUGUCUAAACCCCUUGAACUUUUUACUCUUCUUCUGAACAUUGCUUACAAGUGAAAAGCUUCUUGAUUAGCUUAACUCAACUUGUGAUUAUAUAAUCAAGAAAAAAAACGAAUUUGAGAUAGAUUUCCCACUGCUGUUCGCCAUGUGAAGUAUCUAGGGGCAGUGUUUUACAUAAGCUAGUUAAGUUUACUCACAUUUUGCUUCUUCAAACUAAUGUAAUUGUUCCACUAUUACUUUCUGUGCUUGGGAUAACUAUUAGAUUAUCUU